UUGGAACUAAACUUUGCAGGACACCGGCCCUCCAGAACUGAGUUUAGACGUGCCUGAUCUAGACUGUGUGUGUCUCGAUAAUCAGAGCAGGGUGGUGGAAAUGUCGCCAUGAUCUAUUGUUAGGCUCGCUUUCAUUUAAUUUCGAGGUUUAUUGUUAUUUAAGGACAUUUUCAUUCACAAAAUUAGAAUUAAUGAUCAGGCUGCGGGACGAACAGCGCGUCACCUCAUCAGUCCGUCAGCACAGGCGAGUGAGUGAGUGAGUGAUCAGACACACCUGCGCUCAUCAGCUGCUCAUCGAGGACCUGCGCGUGUGUGUGUGUGUGUGUGUGUGGAGACAUGCUGCCGAACGCCAACACUGUGCCGAAGCUCUACCUGUCCGUCAUCGAGGAUGUGCUGGAGAGCGUCAGGGAGCUGUUCCAGGAUGAAGGAGUGGAGGAGCGAGUACUGGAGCACCUGAGACAGCUCUGGGAGUCAAAGGUGGUUCAGUCUAAAGCUGUCGAGGGUUUCAUAAAAGACAACAAUCCGUCCAAAUUUGUCCUGCAACUUCCAGCAAACUACACACAGAGCCUCCACAAACCCACAGUCGUCAUUCCAGCUGCUGCAAAUGUGCAGAACUUCACCUCUAAAACCAGCUGUGGGUCAGUGGCCACCUUCUCUCUGCCGCCGGGAAUAACCUAUCCAGUGCAGAUUCCAGCCGGUGUGACACUGCAGACGGCCUCCGGACACCUCUACAAGGUCAAUGUACCAGUGAUGGUGACCCGCGGAGCUCAGCAUGUCCUGACCCGUCCUGCUCAGGCCCCUGUCACACUCCCUCAGCUUCCGGCCCGCCUGCCUGACCCAGCUGCUCCAGCUUACCUGCCCAACUCCACGGCCCCAGCCUGUCCCCCUGACCCGGCUCCCCCGGCACUGCAGACUCCUCCAGAGCCCUCCUCAGCCUCUGCCAGCCCCGGAGAGUUCACCCUGGAUGGCAUUGAGUUCAGCCCACAGCCCGUAGAUGCCAGCAGCCACACACCGGCCCAGCACUGCGGGUACAGCAGCUUCCCGAAGGAGAGAGACGCAGACCCUCCAGACCUGCAGAACAACACCAGUCCUGGCCAACAGAUUCACCGUAGUAAAAACCGCUGGAAGUUUUACCUGAAGGAUGGCGUGAUGUGUUACGGAGGGAAGGAUUAUGUGUUCUCCAAGGCUGUGGGUGAGGCCGAGUGGUGAAACGGCGAAGCGAUGCGCUCAGAGCUGAAACUGCUGCAGUUUUCCUUCACACAGAUGCUGAUUUACAUUCGUCUAGGAUUGUCUUUGUUUGUGAUGUCAUACUUAUAUCCUCUAAUACAGCUGUAAAUGGUAGUGCUUGAUGAAAAAUAGUGUUGAAGCAGUGUCUGUUUUUAGUUUUAGUUUGUUUUUCCCCUCGUCCUAUGAUAAAUCCAUCAGAAGUGGACCGAGUUCUUCAGUUCAUAUGAUUUCUUGUGUUUGGUUCAUUUUGAAAUUAGCGAACAAUCAUUCCAGUGCUGUAUUGGAGCUCAUCUGCUGCUUUGCUUUGACACAUGAGUUUUGUGUUGUUCCUGCAGAUUAAAAUCAGGAAACCUGCAAGUUCA